UCCGCGUCUCCCCCGCGGGGCAGAAACCUGAUGGGAUGCAGGGGAAAUGUUUGAGGCGGGAUCUUCAGAGGGACCCAGGUGUUGGGGCAACGUCCACGAGCCUCUAGUCCUUAUCACUUAAGUAUUAUAACACAUCAGCAUUACGCGGGGGCAGAGCCAUUUUGGACACUGUAGUCGACGUCUCCCUCCUCUCUGCCUCUGUCGGCUGCAGCCGUGUGCAGAAGAAGCCCACACGGAAGUUGGUGGAUUGCAGCUCUUUUCUAGAACUUCACAAUGAAGACCAGCGGUGUUCUGCUCCUACUCGCGGUUCUCACCUACGGGCUCGUGCGGGGAGAAGAAAAUGCACCCGAAGAGCUGCAGGUGGAGACCCUGGUGAGACCUGAAACUUGCUCGGUACUUUCUAAAAUGGGAGACACGCUGAAAAUCCACUACACGGGUAAACUAAUGGACGGUAAGGUGAUUGACUCGUCGCUUUCCAUGGAGCCCCUUGUUGUUGAGCUGGGGAAAAGGACAGUGAUUGCAGGUCUAGAACAAAGCUUAGUCGGAGUUUGUGAAGGGCAAAAACUAAAAGCCACUAUCCCAUCUCAUCUUGCCUAUGGGAAAAAAGGUUACCCUCCUACGAUUCCAGGUGAUGCUGCGCUCGAGUUCGAGGUGGAGGUGGUUUCUGUGAUUCAGCAGACGCCAUGGCAGAAAAUGGUCAACGAUGUGUUUCCCCUCAUGUGCUUGGCUUUGGUGCCCACUCUGCUUGGCCUGGUGGGACUUUACCUCUAUAAAAAGGCCAAUGCAGAGAAACCCAGCAAAAAGAAGGCAAAAGAUAAGAAGAUCAAGAAAAAAUAAGGACAAAUAACAGAACUAUUUAAAUAAAUUUUUUAAUUGUA